AUGAGUGGAACAUACAAGCCAACUGAGCACGGAGGUCUUAAGGAGGACGGUACUCCAGACAAGAGAGUUGGAACUGGCGAGUUUGCUCACGGCCAGGUCGACCCAGUUGAAGCUGGAGCCAAGGGUGGAUCCACCAGCGACGAAAGCACCGAGAGCCCCUCCACCACUGGCAGCAGUGGUAGUGGCAAAGGCGAAUUUGCACACGGAAAGGUUGAUCCAGUCGAGGCUGGCAAGAAGGGGGGACAGGCUUCUUAGAUUGUCUCAAAAACUCAGUAAUGUCUGCACUUUGAGUGAUGGGAACGUCGGCUGUGCACGGCGAGAUAAUUUCGGAUAUUCUAUCAGUCCCAAGUUGAUGAUGAAUUAUGAUGACUACAAAGUAUUG